UAGAAUAGCUGGCAACCUGAACUUGAAUGAUGAUUCUAGAGGAGCUUUUUGAUUAUAUACCAUGCCCUUCACUGGAGACUGGCCAAGCGUUGAUUUGUCUGGCAUUAUCAUUAUACAUGUAGCUGUCUAUCUAUCAUUUGUGAUCUAAAUUAGCAACAUAUGAGCCCGUGAAUGAUAACUCUGCACCAUAUUUAUGGAAAUGGUGUAUCCUGAUUAGAUGGUUGUAAUCUCUAGCCAGCUCUGUGUGCACAGUUGGAUGCAAAAUUGUUUUAAGCUGCUUUGUACCAUGUCUGAACAGCGAGUUCCUCACCUGGGUCACAGGAUGAUGCCUGUAGCUGGUGUACCCGGAGCCCAAGGAGGGGGUAAUCCUGGACAAGGUGGAGCCCUGGCUCCAGGACAGCCAGGAGCAGGAGGUGCGGUUGGAGGUGGUGCAGCAGGAGCAAACCAAGGUGGAGGCAAUGAGAUCAGUCCACUUCAGGCCUUUUACUUUGCGGUGAUUAGCCAACCGCAGCCACCCAUCAUGAUCUCUGCUGUUCCAGAGGACCUAGACAAAGAUUCAGUUCCACAGGGACGAGUCGAUUGCUAUGGUAAUGAAAGGAAGGCUCUAGCGGACAUGACACGGUUCUAUAAUAACCCUCAGCUGAGUGAUAUUAAACUGAAAGUUGGCUUUGAAGAGUUCAAUGCUCACAAGUUGGUGUUGGUCAGAUGCAGUGAGGUCUUUGAGAGAAUGUUUAGCGCAGAUUGGUCUGGGCGAAACAAGAAAGAAAUUGAGCUGGUAGAAGAACCAGAAUGCACAGAGGUAUUUCCAGCAUUCCUGAAGUUCCUGUAUUCUUGCCACAUUGUCCUGACCAUAGAGAAUACACUUCCAAUCCUGAUGUUGGCUGAUAAAUACAAUGUCUGUGAUCUACGCAGGGUCUGCAUUGAGUUUGCUACCAACAACAUCAUGCCAAAGUUGCCUCUGAAAGAUGUCUUCCAUGUGUGGUACCAGUAUGCUACAAAGUGCUAUCAUCAAGUACUGAUUACAGCUUCUGUCAAAGCACUCUCUCCUAAAGCUGAUGACAUAAUGUCAUUGCCAGACUGGAGUGGGGAAUGGCUUGCUCUCGAUAGAGAUCAGCUUGUUCAGUUCUUGAAGAGCUCACAUUUGACUGUCAGGAAUGAACUGCUUGUCUUCAGGGCAGUCAUCAAGUGGAUUGAAUCGCCAAUGCAUCCAGAGCGAAUGCAAAAGAUGGAAGAUCUUCUGAAAGAGAUACUCCCACAUAUACGCUUUCCUAUGAUGACCCCGGAGCAACUGCAACAACUAGAGAAUCACAGGGUUGUUGAACAAUUCCCGGGACUGUUUUCAACCCCACUUCUACAUGCAUACAAGUUCAAUGCACUUCCUUUGGAGUCAAGAGCAAACAACCCAGACUUCUCCUCUACAAGUUACCUUCUGAGAAAUUACACUGAUCUGAGAUGGGACAAGAGAAUUGUCCUGUCAGGGUAUUCACAAUUUAACAAGCUACAGGAAGUGAUGCCAAGGUUUUCAACAAAAUCGUCAUCAUAUCCUCACUCCAGUUGGGAUUGGGAACUGAAGAUCUACCCCAAGGGAUCUUCGUCAAGCAACGAUUCUGCAUCAAGCAACUUCCGCAUGAUCCUGUAUUCCAAUGUGGUCCUGGACCAACCUAGACCCAUUGAAUACAUAGUUCAGGUUGUGAAUGAUUCCAAGGUUCUUGCUGUCACAAGUGGCAAGAAGAACUUUACUAAAUCUCGAUAUCACAUCGAUACAGACAUUGAUAAGAAGGUUCCUUUGAAUGAUCUUUUGGCACCAUCAAGUGAGUAUAUUGUUAAUGAUGAACUUGUUGUUCAAGUCUUUCUCAAACCCUUACAGUGAUAUGGACUUCUUUCAUUUGCCAUGGACCAAGCUUGACUGAAAAUAAGGGUAUUGAUUCACUUUAAUUUUGCUUUAAUAGUAUAUUUAUGUCAACAUGCAAAAUGCUAGAGAUUAUCAAAGAAAUUUGUUGGUUUUGAGAAAAUGGUACCAGAACCCCAAAUGGCUGUACAUGUAUCCCACUAUUCCUAGCCCCAGCACCUGUUGUGAAUAUGAUUGCAUUCCAUAUUCUAUUUUACACUCUACCAUGAUGGAAAUGACAUGGAUAUUUGCCGUUCAACCCAUUGGAAUUGCCUGCUUUGGCUUUGAUUGUGCACCCUUUGUAGGGACAGUGAUUUUCCGUUUCAAAAAAUGGCCUUUUCCGUUUCAGAAAAUCACGAAUUCCGUUUCAGCACGUC